UCGUGGUGCUGGCUGCCGCUAUUGAGGCGGCCGGGAACGGGCGGUGGGGAGCGGGCGGAGGUGGCCCUGCCUCUGCCUAGCUGGCGCCGCAGUCGGCGCGAGCCGCGCCCGCCGCGGUCAACUGCCCUGAGCGCCUGCUGAGGCCGAGGGAGACGUCGGGGCCUGCACCUGGAGGGAGCCUGCCGCGCUGGCCCCGUGGAGGGGGCGUUGCCAUGGCGACAGCCUCUCCCGCAGCUGACGGGGGACGGGGGCGGCCCUGGGAAGGAGGGCUGGUCUCCUGGCCCCCUGCCCCUCCCCUUACGCUCCCCUGGACUUGGAUGGGCCCGAGUUGGGGGCAACACCCCGGGCAUUGGGGCUUUCCAGCUCUCACAGAUCCAUCAGCAUCCCCAGCUGCCAGUCUUGGCAUCUUCGAAGUAAGGAGAGUUUUAGAUGCUUCUGGAUGUUCAAUGCUAACACCUUUACAGACUGGAGCAGCUCGAUUUUCUUCGUAUUUACUUUCAAGAGCAAGAAAAGUGUUGGGCUCCCACUUAUUUUCUCCCUGUGGUGUUCCGGAGUUCUGCUCCAUAUCCACCAGAAAGCUGGCGGCCCACGGCUUUGGCGCAUCCAUGGCGGCAAUGGUGUCGUUCCCUCCCCAGAGGUAUCACUACUUUUUAGUGCUGGACUUUGAGGCCACGUGUGACAAGCCGCAGAUUCAUCCUCAGGAAAUCAUCGAGUUCCCCAUCCUGAAGCUAAAUGGCCGGACCAUGGAGAUUGAAUCUACCUUUCACAUGUAUGUCCAGCCCGUAGUCCAUCCACAGCUUACCCCCUUCUGUACAGAGCUCACUGGGAUUAUUCAAGCCAUGGUGGAUGGUCAGCCAAGCCUGCAGCAAGUGCUGGAGAGGGUCGAUGAGUGGAUGGCGAAGGAAGGCCUCUUAGAUCCAAACGUCAAGUCAAUUUUUGUCACCUGUGGAGACUGGGACUUAAAAGUCAUGCUCCCAGGCCAGUGCCAGUACUUGGGCUUGCCAGUGGCGGAUUACUUCAAGCAGUGGAUUAAUCUGAAAAAGCCACAUCAUGCUCCAGGUCUGCUUAAGGGCCCAGCAGGAGAGAUGGCUUCACUCUGGACUUUAGCUCAGUCCUUCCCAGCAACGAUUCAAGAAAGGGAGAUUGCAGAGACCUAGAGGCACAGGGGCAUAGUAAUCUUUCUGACUUUUAUGCUGUGUGACUUAGUGUAGGCUGCAGCAAGAUUCCUGCUCCCUUAAAAAGAGUAAUGAUAAAGGGCUGGCCAGUUAGUUCACUUUAGGUUAGAGUGUGGUGCUGAUAACACCAAGGUCAAGGGUUCGGAUCCCCUUACCGGCCAGCUGCCCCCAAAAAAAGUAAUGAUAAAAGCAGAGCCAGAGAGGUCAUUGCCAGGAUUGCAGGAGUAUUACGUAAAAGCCUAACUGCAUGGCUUGUUUCUCCCUGUGUGACCCAGACUCUGGCUAUCUACAUGGUCCUCUCCUGUCCUUAAUGUGACUUUGUCUUUCUUCCUUCCCUUUCUUCUCCUUUCCUCCUCAACUUCCCUAGUGGAGAUUUGCCCCAUGAAAAAAACGGGUCCUGGCCUGUUUGGCCACCUGAGACCUGGCUAGUGAGUGAGCAGUUGGGACUGAAUUCACCAUCCCCAUUUUCUGAGGCCUCUAAUCUGAAAAGAGGCAAAAUGUUGUCUUUCAGUUGCCCUCUUUUCUCCAGAAAUGUGUGGGUUGCAUCAGGAAAGAGCAGCUUUUCAAUGGCUAGGUUUACCCAUCUUCCGCCUCCACCUACUUCCCCUGUAGCAGAGUGGAGCAAGCCAGUGUUUGCUGACAUUUGGAAUGUCAUUGAAUGAUCUUAUACUCUUAUUGAGCUGUCAGCUUAGAGAGGACUUGGGGCCCUGCUCCCAGCUCCCUCCAAGGGGUCAAAGCUGUCACUUAGGGGCCAGAAGAAUGCAAACACACACACACACACACACACACACACACACACACACACACACACACACACACGUAUGCACAUGCAUAAAUAUACAUCUGUGCUCAUGUGAAUGAAUACGCCCAAGUGCAUAUACUCAAAAUCGUAUGUCCCACGUCCGUAUGUGCAUACAUGUGUAUGUACGUAGUAGUCACAUAAACAUAGUCACCUGCAGAAAUAUUUGGAAAU